AUGGCCAAGCUACUGCAGCUCCUGUCUAAACAAUGCUACUCACUUCAAAAAGUGAUCUUUCUCUUCCCAACAGUUAUAGCCUUCAUCUUCUUUUACUGUUGUUACUUGCACCCCAAGUAUCUAACUGGGACAGAUACAGCUGUCAGUGAAUUCCUCAAAUAUUCCCAGCCAAAAGUACUAACUCCCUCUAGGAAAGAUGUCCUUGUCUUAACCCCUUGGCUAGCUCCAAUUGUGUGGGAAGGGACUUUCGACAUUAACCUAUUGAACAAGCAGUUCCGGCUACAGAAUGCUACUGUGGGUUUGACUGUGUUCGCUGUGAACAAAUACAUUCUGCUCCUGGAGCCAUUCCUGAAGACCGCAGAGAAGCACUUUAUGGUGGGCCACAGCCUGAACUACUACAUCUUCACUGACCAACCUCACCUUGUCCCUCAAGUCCCGUUAGAAAAGGGAAGGCAGGUGGUCGUGCUCAGGGUCCCGAGCUACGACCGGUGGGAGGACAUCAGCAUGAACCGCAUGGAGAUCAUCAGCAAUGCUUCCCGGGAGCGCUUCUUCAGAGAGGUGGAUUACCUGGUGUGCACCGACGUGGACCUGGAGUUUAGCGACCACGUGGGCGUGGAGAUUCUCUCCUCUUUGUUUGCGACCAUACAUCAGGACUUCUUCGUAGUGGAACGGCAAUUCUUUACCAACGAACGCAAGCCCGAGUCACAAGCCUACAUUUCUGAGGAGGAAGGGGAUUUUUACUAUACUGGGGCUCUUUUUGGAGGAUCCGUGCGAGAGGUCUACAGGCUCACCAGGGCCUGCUACCAGGCCAUCAAGAUAGAUAAAGCCAAUCACCUGGAGGCCGAAUGGCAGGAGGAAAGCCAUCUGAACAAGUAUCUGCUCUAUCACAAACCCACUAAGCUACUCUCCCCAGAAUACAUGUGCUAUUCUCGCCUGUUGAAUGAUCUAGAGUAUCAACAGCUGCAGGCCUGGACCAGGAUCUUAAAGCGGAUUAGAAUUAUUAUCUCAUCCAAGAAGCUAAAGGUUACAGAAAAUAAUGCUUCCCCAAAGGUUUAG